AUGGUCACGAUAAACUACGAACCCUUGGAACAUCUUAAGUACAUUGAUGAAAAUGUAAGCCCUGAGGAGAGGGCACAUGUGGAACAGCUCAUACGACUAGAAUUAGCCAGACAAUUCAACCACAAUAUGGAUAACCUAACUAACCAUCCAAACGACCUGCAUACCAAUACAAGCAAUACUGGAAUUAACAAUAGAAGUAACAAUAGAAUUAACGAUGUUAGCAGUAUACCUCAAAACACUUCAGAGUUAGUAAUAAAUGGCGAACAACGGCUGCAACAACAACAACAACAACAACAACAGCAACAACAACAACAACAACAACAACAACAACAACAGCAACAGCAACAGCAACAGCAACACGAAGAAGAGCAAGUACAUUUGCAACAGCUCGAGCAAUUGAAUCUACCUCUACACCCAGGAGUUGAGCAAUUUAUCCCGCAAGCAAUAUUGCAACCUCGACCUGGGAGUAUGGUAGAUAUGACUAUCCAGCGAUACGAAGAGGAAGAGCUGGAUGAUGAUGAGCAUGAUAAUGAUCACGAAAUGGAAGGUGGCGUUGAUAUGACAAGAUAUACUGAUUUUACAUUGAAAUCGCCGCUCGAUGAAAAUGGUAACGAGCGUGCACAAUCGUCUUCUUAUUCGUCUUUAGGGGAAGAGGAUAGGAUUGAUCACACUAGAUUGUAUACUACUCUUGGCCAUUCCAUAUUACGACAAAGGAAUUUAAACUUACUAGCGCAGAAUCAACAUGAAAUAAAUGUAUUACAAGAAAAUCAGUUGCAGGAACUAGAUACAAUUAAUAAUGAUAUGAUACGGCAAAUUAACAUGAAGAGGAAAAUGAUUGAUGAAGUAGAUGAAGACAGAAAAAGACGACAGAUUAACGAAUACGCGCCAGUUAAUGAGUAUUUGGAAAACAGAUGGAAACAAGGGAUCAAUACCGCUGUGGAAAUUGUUGUUGAUGAAGCAGAUAGACAGGAGAAAUGA